AUGUCAACGACGAAGAUCGUGGCUGCUGCAAUUAGAAUCAAUACUCAAUUCUCAAAGAAACCUGGUAUAUCUGCUCAAUAUUUAUUCAGUAGAAAUAUCAGUUCCACGAUAAAAGCAAGGUGUAACACCAACUUCGUUCAAAAAGCGAAUAUAAGUCGAGCAGCAACAGUAGAAGCACCAUACCCUAAAAACUAUACAAUCAAUCCAUACACUGAGGCUAAAUCUAGUAUCAAAGCACAAGCCAAACUGGUAGGGAAAAUAGUAGGCUAUACAGCUCUUUCUGUAAGUGCAGCACUAGCACUUAUCUGGCAAAUGACACAUUGGUAUAUUGAGUAUUUUGUGGAAUCCACACCAGCAGAGCUAGGCUAUCAAGGUCGUAACUUAUUACAUGGCGCCUUUAUUCGAGAAAACCUGGCUAUCGACUACCAGGUUGCUACAGUUUAUUUGAGAGAAGCAUUGCAUAUUGCGUUAAAUGAAAAACAAUUAGACGAAAGCUCGAAAACCAUAAUUGAUCUCAGACUUCGGUUGGCGAACGACGAAGCACAUGCUGGUAACCUUUUAGAUUCCAUUACCGAAUAUACCCGUGCUUGGAAAUUAUUGAUAGACAAGCAAGAGAUAUCAAUAACAACUAUUGCAACGGCACAGCAUAUUGGGGAGCUUUAUUUGCGAAUUGGCGAUUACGAGCGUGCUGAAGAAUUUCUCGUUUGGGCUCUACAUCACUCGACCAUUAAUAGUAAUAGUAGCGACGAAGACUCUGAUAUAAAUACAUUAAAAUCAAAAAUCACACUCGUACUCGGCAGUUUAUACGCACUACAAAAGAAUUAUGAUCUGGCGCUACCGCUCUUGACUCAAACGCUUCAAUCAGUGCCAGAGGAAUCAAUAUGUUUAAAGGCCAUUGUGCAAAACCAACUGUCAGAAGUUCUAUUCGGAUUGGGAAAAGUAGAGGACGCAAUGGGAUGGGCACAAUCAGCCUUAGCAUUAAGCGCCACUAAUAUAGAAAAGCAAGAUUGCAUUGAAUGUGGUGGCGUAGCGGCUAAUAACCUGGGAUCAAUAUUAGAAUUGAGAGGUGAAUUUAAACAAGCAAUAGAGUAUUAUAGCCAAGCCGUUCAAUAUGGAGCCGCGAUACAUGACAACGCAAGUCAAUUAAGAUACACUGUGAAUAUGGAAAGAGCCAAAGAAAAAUUGAAGAACGAUGAGUAA